CAUUUUACAUUUGCAGCUAGCUAGCCAUCUCCAUUUCUUUUCAACAGCCAAGCCUCUCUCUCCCUCUCUCCUUGAAGCUGGAUCCAGAGACCAGCUGUUUCUCUCGCUUAAUUUAUUCUUUGGGGGAUAUUUACUUGGUUUUCUCACCUGGGUUUGGUGGAAAGGUGCUUACUUUUAACUGUCAGAGAGACUGCUUCAGCUGAACCGAAGCCCCCCUCCCCCUCUCUCUCGAUCCAAAGUUUCUCAAUUGAAGCGACGAUGGAGUUUUCGUUGUCAUUCUCUGCGUGUUUAUGGUGGUUUUUGUUUGGAGGAGGGAUGAUGGUGGUGAUGGCUGCCACCAGCAGCAGCAGUGGCACCACGACAGAGCUUGAUCAGACCCCGACAUGGGCCGUGGCUUGUGUUUGUGCUGUUAUCAUCAUUGUCUCUAUUCUCUUGGAGAAGAUUCUUCACAAACUUGGAACGUGGUUUACUGAGAGGCACAAGAGAGCUCUUUUUGAAGCCCUGGAGAAGGUUAAAGCUGAGCUGAUGAUUCUGGGUUUCAUUUCACUACUGUUGACUUUCGGGCAGACCUACUUCAUCAGAGUCUGCGUUUCUCCGAAGGUUGCUAACACUAUGUUGCCAUGUGCCAAAAAAGAAACAAGCAAUGCUUCGAGUGAAGACGAGCAUCGUCGGAGACUCUUAUGGCUUGAACGUCGAUCUUUAGCCGCGGCUGGCUCAGAUUUCAAGUGCAAUGAUGGGCUUGAACCGCUUAUGUCUAUCGAGGGAUUGCAUCAAUUACACAUUCUCAUAUUUUUUUUAGCCCUCUUGCAUGUGAUAUACAGCGCUAUUACUAUGUUGCUUGGGAGACUAAAGGUAUGAGAUUCAUUACAUUAGUCUAUUAUG